AUGGCCAAACGUGAUAAGUUUGCUCGGCUUAAAGCCGCUCGUGCCGGUAAGAAAAUCGAUGAGGAUACAGAAGAUGUUGAAAUCUAUGAUGAGGUGGAUGAAUUGGAAUAUAGAAAGCACAAGAGAGAUCAGUUAUUGAAUGAUGACUUCAUUGUUGAUGAAAAUGGUGAAGGAUAUGCUGAAACAGGCGCUGAUGAUUGGGAUCAGCCUCAACAGGAUUAUUCUGAUGAGAAUGUCGAUGAUCAGGAUGCAGACGGUAUUGACGUGUCUGGAUCUGGACAUCGUCAUCGUAAGGUGAAAAAGAGUAAGAAAGGUCAUAUUUCCAACUUCUUUAAACCGGCAACAGAGAAGGUCAACGAUAAAAAGAACAUUGAUACGAGUAAUCUUGAUGAUAUCUUGUCAGAUUUUACUUCUACUGCUGUAAAGAAGGCGAAACAGGAUUCGAUAUUUGGUAGCACUCGCAGGAAGGAUAUUUUUUCUAGUGUUAAGCACGGAAAUACCGGCAGGCUUUCCAGUCCUCAUGUGAAGCCUUUGAACUUGAAGAGGGAAAUGGACUCGGGUUCUGAUGAGCUGAAAUCAUCUUCUAAAAGAGUUCGGCUAAGCUCUGAAAACGACGAAUUCUACUCUGCCUUGGAUACUGAUGACUUUGAAGCACCUUCCUCUCCAAUCAAGAAGCAUGCUUCCAAAGUUGAAUCUCUAGAUAUUGGGGUUGAUAAAGAAAGUGUUGGGGAGAAGGAAAAAGAAGCUGAAGUGGGCAAGGAGGUCGAUGAUGACGAUGAUGACGAUGAAGAAGAAGAUGACGACGACAUUCUCAUUUCCAGAAAGAGAACUACUGCCAUGGUUGACAGAUCUGUGAACUUGAGUAAUGCCAGGCGCACAAUAAAAGCAUUGGAUUCAUCUCCUUUCAAGGACCAGACUAUCAUUUCUGCCGCUCCAUCUUCUUCUCCUUCCAGAUUCUCCGACUCCAGCUUUGAUAGACUUGGAGAAUCAGAUGUGGUCGAUAAAGAGACCGAAAUUGUCAGAAUGUACUGGAUGGAUUCUGCUGAAGUUGACAGUACUCUUUUGUUAUUUGGCAAAGUAAAGACUCCAGAUGGAAGACUAGUUUCAGGCGUCGUGCAGAUCAAUGGUAUCAAUAGAGAGAUAUAUUUUUUGCCGAGGGAGAAAAGAGGAAUGCCAGAUAGUAGACAAGAGAACGAAGAAGAUGACAACAAAGACGCUAAAGUGACAACUAUGGAUGUUUAUGAAGAGAUUGUACCUCUUCUGAUGGAUAAAUAUGGCCUGUCCUCCAUCAAGGCCAAGCCAGAGACAAAAAAGUAUGCUUUUGAACUUCCAGGAAUCCCAAAAGAAGCAGAGUACUUGAAAAUGUUACUCCCAUACCAAACUAAAAGGUGCAGAAAUACCGUGAUUCCCGCAGAUCUUGAAGGUGAAACCUUCUCUCAUGUGUUCAGUGCAAACACGAACAUCUUUGAGUCUUUCGUUCUGCAGAGAAAUAUUAUGGGUCCGUGCUGGUUGGAUAUUAAAGGCGCAGAUUUCUCUGCGUUACAUAAUUCCACUCAUUGUAAGGUGGAAAUGGCAGUUUCUUCUCCAACAUUAAUCACUAUUUCUGACUGCAAGGACUCUGCUCCUGAUUUAAGUAUCCUGACUAUUAAUGUUCAAUCCUUUAUGAACCUGAAAUCAGGAAAACAAGAAGUCGGCUCCGUUUCUUUGGCGUUCCACAAGGGCUUACCACAAGACGGUCCUGCUGCUAGUGAUCUAAAGCCUACCGAGGUGACUACAUUGGUGAGGCCCGUGGGAGGCUCUCUUGCAUUGCCGCCUGGAUUGAAGCAGUUAGCUAUCAAAAAAGGUAUGGCCGUGAGAACCUUCAACAAUGAGCGUGCUUUGCUUAAUUGUCUAGCUGCUGUUAUUAAGAAAACAGAUCCUGAUGUGCUCCUAGGUCACAGACUUGAGAGUGUUGCACUUGAUAUCCUUUUGCAUAGAAUGUAUGACCUCAAGGUUAACACUUGGUCACAUUUCGGUCGCAUCAACAGAAAGCAGUUCCCAGAUAAGUUUGGAAGACACUCUGGAAGGAAUAACGUUUUUUACCUAAGAGAGAUUUUGCAGGGUAGAUUGAUUUGUGAUAUAGCAAACGAAUUGGGACAGUCUUUGACUCCAAAGUGCCAAUCAUGGGAGUUGUCUGAGAUGUAUGAAAUGUACUGUAAGCAAAAGUACACUCCAAUGGAAGUGAAUCUAGCCAGCCCUGCCUUUGGAGAUGAUUCAAAUCGGUUACUGGCAGCAUUGAAUGAGAAUCAAAUGGCCGUCAAAAUGAUCAGUGAGGUAGCAUUUGAUAUUCAAAUUCUAUCUCUUUCAAAGCAACUAACAAAUUUAGCAGGAAACUCUUGGUCUCAUACUUUAGAAGGUACCAGGGCAGGGAGAAACGAGUAUAUCUUACUUCAUGAGUUUACAGGAAACAACUAUAUAGUUCCUGAUAAGGAGACAAACCAACAGAGACAGUAUAGAAGAGCUCACGAGGAAGGUGCAGUUGCUGAGGAAACAGGGGGUAGAAAGCCCAAGUAUCAGGGUGGUUUAGUCUUUGAGCCUAUUAAGGGACUUGUAAAAAACUAUGUUACCGUGAUGGACUUCAACUCUUUAUACCCAUCUAUCAUUCAAGAGUUCAACAUUUGCUUUACCACUGUUGACCGGUCUAAUCUUCAUGGAGAUGAACUGCCCGAAGUGCCUCCUACAGAGGUUCCUCGUGGAGUGCUUCCAAAGUUACUUUAUGAGUUGGUUAGUCGUCGAAGAGAGGUUAAAAAGCUACUGAAAGAUCCUCGAAUCACUCCUAUGGAGAGAAUUCAGUACGAUAUUAAGCAGAGAGCUUUGAAGUUAACGGCCAACUCGAUGUAUGGAUGUUUGGGCUACGUGAAUUCAAGAUUCUACGCCAAGCCAUUAGCAAUGCUUGUCACGAACAGAGGUAGAGAAAUUUUGAUGGAUACUAGACAAUUGGCUGAAGGCCUCGCUUUGAGAGUUGUAUAUGGUGAUACCGAUUCUGUUAUGAUUGACACCGGGUGCGCUACGAUGAAGGAUGCUCUUAAGAUUGCAAAUGAUUUCAAACAAAGAGUCAAUGAACGGUAUAACUUGUUAGAGAUCGAUAUCGAUAAUGUGUUCAAAAGGAUGCUAUUACAUGCUAAGAAGAAGUAUGCUGCAGUUAACUGCGUUCUAACUGCAGAUGGUGAAGAGAGAACCAGUCUAGAAGUGAAAGGUUUGGAUAUGAAGAGGAGAGAAUUUUGUCCAUUGUCCAAAGAAGUGUCUACUUUCAUUUUGAAUAAGGUUCUUGGUGAUUCUGAACCGGAAGAAGCUUUAAAUGAAGUUUAUAACUAUCUUGGAGGAGUCGCAACGAAGAUCAAGAACAAUGAGGUUUCAAUGGUCAAAUUGAAGGUCAAUACGAGACUUUCUAAAGAUCCUACUCAGUACCCUGGCGGUAAAUCAAUGCCAGCCGUACAAGUUGCCCUUAGACUUAGAGACCAAGGUAAGAUUGUGAGAGCAGGUAGUGUGAUCACUUUUGUGAUUACAAAUGAAGGUCUUGAGGAGGGCGCCAGUGUAUCAGAGCGUGCUAGAGGUAUUCAAGAGGUUCUUUCGAAGACGGCCAACUACCAGCCAGAUGCAGAUUUCUAUCUAGAGAAGCAAUUUUUUGCUCCUAUAUCUCGAUUACUCGAGAGAAUUGAAGGCUACGAUGUUGUGAGGUUAGCCAGCUGUUUGGGUUUGGAUUCCAAACGAUAUGAAGCACGUGCUAGGUCUUUACAAAACGAGGACUCCUUACAGCCGUUGGAUUCUACGAUUACAGACAGUGAAAGGUUCAGAGAUAGCAAAGACCUGUUCAUUGUUUGUCCGUCUUGCCAUGUUACCAUAAAAUUUGGAGGUAUUCAAAGCAGUAAAGAGUACCACGUGACAUUUACUGGUGUUAAAUGCACCGCAUGCGAUAGUGUUAUACCGUGGCUAAGUAUUAGUGCUCAACUAGAGCAUUUCAUCCGGCAUGAGAUCUCGUAUUACUACGCAGGAUGGCUUGUGUGCAGCGAUUGUGGAUUACAUACGAGACAGGUGAGUGUCUAUGGAAGACGAUGCAUCGGUGAGCACGGUACAGCACAUAGUUGUAAAGGUGUGAUGAAAUAUUGCUACAGUAACAAACAGCUGUACAAUCAACUACUUUAUCUUCAGUCAUUGUUUGAUGUGGAUAAAGCGAAGAAGAGAAGUUUGAAGUCGUUACAUGAUCCUUCGAUUGCAGACAAGGAGAAUGUGCCAGUGGAGAUGAACAAGGGUGAAUUAGAUGCUCUAGUCGAGCAAAAUAGAGAGUCGUUUGAGGUGAUGAAAGGAGUGGUAAAUAAAUACUUGGAAGACUGUGGCCGGAGAUAUGUUGAUAUGGGAAGUAUCUUUGGAUUUAUGGUGACUGUAUGA